AUGUCGACGCUGGAAUCGUGCACGGAUGCGUUGCUGCAGCAGAAGGUGGUGCAGACCAGCAACUACGAGCGACUGGAGUCGCGACUGAUGGAGAUGGAGCGGGCGAAGCGGUCCCUCUUCUUUGGCUUGAAGGAAAUCAUCACAGACGUCGAGCGCCGUCGACAGGACUUGGGCGAAUUGCAGGAGGAGAGUGCGCGGCUGCAGCAGCAGCUGCAGCAGGGCUCCGUGAAGUUCAGCGCGCUUGCGGCGUUCAUGGGCGAGGAACAGAAAAGGUCCAUUCGUCUGCAAGAGGCGCUGGAGAGUUCUGCAACCGCAUGGACCGGGUGCCCGGCACGCGCGGCUUUCCUGUUUCGGGCGCUGCAGGAGCGUCACGCCUUUUGUCGCCAGCUGGUGGAUGUUGUCACAGCACUAAAUCGCGUAAGUGCCCUGGUGGAGGUGGUGCAGCGCGUGGACGCCGCAAAGGGUUUCCUGCAGGAGCGGUUGGAGCGUCUCGCAGCCGGGGCGGAGCGGCUGGACGGCAUGCUGCGCGAGAGUCACAAGGCGGAGGAAACGCGGCAGGCGGAAUUGCAGGGGCGCAGCAGUGCAGCGGGGGCCGAGGUCGCUCGGGUGUGGCGGGAUUCCCAGGGGAAGGAACGCCAGCUGCUCAUGCUUCAGGCGGCGUUGGCAGAGACGCGUCUGUCGUCUGUCGCGGGGGAGGAACUCAACGCAGUGUACAGAAUGGCGUUGCAGCUGGCCUUAUCGACCGCCGAUGCGUGCUGCGCUGGGCGGGAACGCAUGGCGGUUGCUUCUGCGUACAGUGAAUGCCUCUGCGCCUUGGGGCGGGAGAACCUCGCCGCCGUGGAGGCGCGAACUCGCAUGCUGACAGGCGUCUUGACAGAUCACAUGGCGGCGUUGGACGCGAAGCGGGAGGACGUCGUCGUGCAGCGUGAGCGGGCCCUGCAGGAGACCACGCUCUUGGGCGAAAAGCAGGAGGCGCUGCGCGGGGCGGCGGUUGCCGUGGAGCACCGCAUUCAAUCCCUCCAAGUUGUGCGCUCUGCCCUUCGGCUCUUUCGCCGGAGGCAGCGCGCACGUCGUCUUCGCUUGUGCGGCGAACGGGCUGAGCGCAAGGAGGCAGUUGUGUCCGCGAGGGCGGCCCAUGAGGCGCGUGUGUCGGCCCGGCGAUUUCGUGCCCUGCAGCAGGAGGCGCGCGAGGGACUCGUGGCGGAGGAGACGCUUGUGCGGGGAACUGUGGAGGGGACUGAGGCCGACGAACGCCGUGGGGCGUGUGCGCAGGCCGCGGAGUCACUUCUGCAGGCACGUGCCACAGAGGCAGCGAGGGAGGCGGAGGCAGUGAAGGCGGCCGCAGCGGCGUGUGUGCCCAAAUCACCCCCAGAGCAGCAGCAGCAGCGGCAGCAGCGGAGGGCGGCGGUGAAGAAGGACGCUCACGACGCGGGUGCGCCCUCCACUCGUCACACCACGCCGAAUAAACCUGCGAAUAGACGAAUAGGCCGUGCCAACAAUGCUCUGUCGCAGACGGACAAGAAGCGUCCGCGCAGCCAUGCCGCUUCCUCGGCCGCUGCUGUCGCGCGCCGGACGUACCCGGCGUCCACGCAGCAACAACAACAGCAACAAAGGUACGACAGCGAUGCCGCGUCCGAUUCUUCUGCGAAUUCACUUGGCGACUUCUUGACUCUCGGUACACGUGUGCCACUCAGCGCACUAAAGUCCACCGCACGCCGCACCCCGCUGCAGCAGCUCCCAGCAAACAUUGUCAACCAAUGUGGAACUGGGAAGCAGAGGGAAGCUUCGCGCAUGGGCCUGUUGCCAGAUGCGGCGGUGCAGCGCGUUCACUUUAACUCUCCACUUCCACGGCCGCCCGGUAGCGGGGCUGCCGUGUGCGCCCUGAGCAGCGCACUAAGCUCCGCGUUCGCACGCGCAGGCGAUGCGGCAGGAGGGGCGGCGGGAGCUCACUCCGCGAGAAACAACGCUCGGCCGCGGGGAGCGAGGCCUCGUCCCUCCGUGCUGGUUUCAAAGGAUAUUUGGGGUGAGGGGAAGGCUGAAGAUGUCUUUGCCGAUGCUUUCUCGCUUUAA